UGUCUCGCUUGUUUGGCGAACAAAAUUUUGUUUUCAUUUCAUGGCCUCCAACACCUUCACCACCAAUACCACCACCUUGAGUUAUGCGUAAUUUGCGCUUCUUUAAUCAAAUCAAACCCCAAAACUCUUAACUAAGCCUCUCUUUAAUUCCCUUCACAUUUUUCAUCUUUCAAUGAAUUUUCUUCCCUUUAUUUUAUUCUUCCCAUGAAUCUUCUUUGAUCAAGUAUAUGGCAACUACGAAGAGAGAAGGUAAUAAUGCUUGGAAGGAGAAGAUGGUGAUAUCCCCUUCAAAGUCUCGUGCCCCCAAUAUCACCAAAACUCGUCCAAAACCAUCCACAACAAGCUCUACAGAUCACAAGGCUGCUUCUUCUUCUUCUACAACUACUACUACUGCUGCUGCAACUGAAAAGCGACUCCCACACUAUCUUAGGCCAACGCUAAGCUCACGCCAUGAAUCUGUCAAGAAUGCGAAGAAACCUGGCCCCGAAGACACAGCAAAGAAGGCCAGUUCUUUGAAUAGAAGAAGAUCCUCGGAUAGUAAGCCACAAAGUGCUGUUGUCUCCCAUGGCUUGAAAGAGAAAACCACAACAGUCCGUUCCAAUACUAUUCCAUCCAAAGGUACCCAUUCUCUGAAACCAGUUGCGGAGAGGACUCCAAAAACGUCCAAGUUUGGUAAACCACAGGCGCCUUUGCAUGCAAAGGGCACCAUUAAGAGCAGUACCAAUCCUGCAGCCACUAAGAAGGAGUUUCAUAAUGCUUUGGCUUCGACAAAGGGUCUUGAUGUAACACAAACUUCGAGUCAUGAAAGUGAAGAGGAGGGAGAAAUUUUGGUUCAUGAGGUUGAAGAAGUUGUGAACGUGGAAGUUGGGGCUGAGACAGAGAGUAACAUUUCUGAAGUGCCAAAAAGUGAAGAUUUUGAGGAUGGUAGUGUUGUUGAAUCUGAUCAUGUCGACAGUAUUAUUGAAGAUGAGCAUGAAGUCAAGCCUUGUGACAUUCCUGAAGUUUCUGAAGAAAUAAAAGCAAAUGCGACUGCUCAGAUUGAAGAAGCUGAAGCUAAAGCACAAAAAGAAGAAGAAGCUGAAGCUAGAGCACAAAAAGAAGAAGAAGCUGAGAAUGAACAUGGAGGAGAAGAGAAUGAAAGCAAAGAAGAAGGCAAUGUAGAAGAGAGUGUGGCAAUAAGUGAGGCGGUAGUGGAGGUCGAAGAAGACAAAGGGGAGGUCAAAGGAGAAGAUUCUGAGGCUGAAAACAAGAACGAGGGCAACAUGGUGGAUGAGAAGGAAGAGGUGGACGGAGGAAGUGAAGGGCUUAACUUGAAGGAAGGACAAGAUGAGGUUGGUGCCGUUGAAGAAACAAAACCAGAGGUGGUGAAUACAGUAUCAUCUAAGCGCCAAGUGGGACAGGGAAAGAAGGAGACUCAAGCAUAUAAUGAUGUGAUUGAGGAAACUGCAAGCAAGCUAUUGGAGAAGAGGAAGAACAAGGUGAAAGCAUUGGUUGGGGCAUUUGAGACUGUCAUAGAUAUAGAAACCCCAUCCAAAUGAAACCCCUCUUGUUCUCCUAAAUCAGUUUUACAUAAUUAAACUCAUACGUUACCUACAAUUCUAAGGAGAGUGUGAUAGAAAAA